AUGCUCAGCCUUACAGAGUUGAUUCGAGAAAUACCGGCUACCGAAGAAGACUCGCCCGAAGACAUUUUUGCAUCAGCCCCGGGGUUCCUAUUCACUGACGACCUUCGUAAUCAGCAUGGCGAUCCAGGCUCCAUCAUCGUCUACAAGAGCCAACGUUUUGGUGACAUUUCAUUGACGACCGCCGACCCGAACGGCGAGNNGGAAGAAAGAACACUGUUCAGCCACUACCUCUGGAAUGCCGGCAUCUUGAUGGCUGAGAGGAUCAGUGGUCAACGACUACUGGAUGCUGAGGAAGAGAAGCAAUGGAGCGUUGAAGGACACAAUGUGCUUGAACUCGGUGCAGGCGUGGGACUUGUUGGUAUUGCCAGUACUCUUGCUGGCGCUAGCCAAGUGUACAUUUCAGACUAUCCAGCCCAAGUUGUCCUCGACAACAUCAAGCGCAACGUCAAGCAGAAUGUGCCAGAGUCGCUCGCGUCAAAGGCAAGAGUAGAAGGCCAUGCAUGGGGUGUCUUGGACGAUUGUUUUGCCAAAGCACAUGGCCGCAAGUUUAGUCGAGUCCUGGCAGCAGACUGCUUCUGGAUGCCAUGGCAGCAUGAGAAUCUGGCACUCUCAAUGCUACACUUCCUUUCGGACGAUCCGGACGCCCGUGUGCUUGCCAUUGGAGGCUUCCAUACUGGUCGAGCAAAACUGGCAGCCUUCUUCGAUGUCGCCCUGGAAAAGGGGCUCGAGGUUCAAGAGAUCUAUGAAGAAGAUGCUGAGGGCACUAGAAGAGAGUGGGUCAAGGAAAAGGAUGGAGGAAGGGAGAAUGUCACGGAGCGCAAGAAGUGGCUCACUAUUGCCAUUCUACGGCGCAGGAAGGAUCAAGCCUAA